UACUCAGUCUCUUGCACCCUUGCUGUUCGAAAAGUCCAACAUAUCUUAUCUACAUAAAAUUUAAAUAAUUUGGAACUUAUAUAUAAAGUGAGACAAACUUUAGUGCGUUUAGUUUAUUUUUUAACUUUGAGUUUGUUCGGAGUGGGAUCGUGAAGCCCGCUUAAUCCAUCAUGAGUGGAGUGUUUAAAAUGUUAGGCCUUUUGGUCAUGCUUGGCGCAGCAGUUGAGCCAGCAAAUAUUCUCGGUGUCUUCACCAGCAACAGUCCGUCUCAUCAAAUCAUCCACAUGUCUUAUGUUCGAAGUUUAGUCGAACGGGGACAUAAUGUCACAGUUGUAACCACGACUCCAUUAAAAGACAAAAAUCCCGGAUAUAAACACAUUCACAUUCCCCAAACCGAAGCCAGAUCUCAAGCCAUUGCUAAGCAGAUGCAGUCAUUGAAAGAUUCAAAGUCGGACACAAUUUGGCAGUACCUUCAUGUUGCUGCGACAUCACUGAAGGCUAUCGGACCAGUUCAGUAUGAUGCAAUUAAGUCGGAGCGGUUUCAGGAGAUCAUGAAUAAUCCCGGAAACAAAUUCGAUCUCGUUUUUGUGGGAUACUUCUUCAGCGACUAUCUUGUGGGUCUGGGAGAGCACUUUAAGUGUCCAGUAGUCCUCAGUUGGACGUCACAUUCGAAUGAGUUAUUGGAUCGGUAUGUUGGUAACCCACCUGAGAUUUCUUAUGUCCCGGGUAUCCUUGCAAUGCAAAAACCCGACCCUAUGACAUUCUUGGGUAGGCUUGAAUUUUUCUAUGGACGAGUACUGUCGUGGUAUUGGAGGUACAUCAUGGAUGCACACAUUUCAGAAUUAUAUAAAGAUCUUUUCCCGCCAUCGAAGUACCCAUCAUUGGAAGAAGUCACUAAGAGAAUUUCGCUGGUAUUUGUCAAUUCUCACCUAUCUGAAACUGGCGCCCGUCCACUUGCACCUGCUGUCAUCGAAGUUGGAGGUAUUCAAAUCAAGGAAAAACCAGAUCCCUUGCCAGAGAAUCUCCAAAAAAUUGUCAACUCGUCCAAAGAUGGUGUCAUCUACUUGAGUUUCGGUUCGAAUGUUGGCAGCCGAGAGCUUGGUCCAAAAGUUAUCUAUGACCUAUACAAAGUGAUGUCCAGUCUCAAGGAAACUGUUCUAUGGAAAUGGGACGACUCGCCGAAGCCAGGCAACGCGAAAAAUAUCCACUUCCUCAAAUGGCUCCCCCAAGACGACCUUCUAGCUCAAAAGAACGUCAAACUUUUCAUAACUCACGCCGGCAAAGGCGGUGUGGCUGAGUCUCAAUUCCAUGGAGUACCGAUGUUGGCCAUACCGAUUUUCGCCGAUCAGCCAGGUAAUGCAAAGAAACUCACUCAAGACGGUUUUGGGCUGCAGCUCGACAAAAAUACCAUGACAGAGGAAUCGAUUCGGGAGGCAGUAUUGGAAAUUCUUCAGAAUCCAAAAUACACACAGAAUGUGAGAAAAUUCUCACAGCUCUACCGAGACAGACCAAUGAGUCCCCGUCAAACGGCCAUGUUUUGGAUCGAAUACGUCUUGAGGCACAAGGGAGCCUAUCACAUGCAGAGUCCUGCAAUUCAUUUAAAUGUCUUCCAAUACUUGAGUUUGGACGUUAUUGGAUUCCUGCUUUUGGUGGCUUUUAUAGUUUUCAAAGUCGUGGCAGUUUCAGCAAAGUUUGUAUUCCGAAAAGUCUGUUGUAGGUCUGGUGUCAAAGUGGAAAAGUCCAAAAAGCAUUGAUUUAUUGUUAGAAGUUAGAAUUUUAAUAAAUUAAACUAAUAUUAAUUCAAUCAAUUUUGUUCAUAUCGAAUACGAUCUUUGAUUAAAUAUUCAAGAUAUACGUUUCUAAGCGAUAAGCAAAACAUUAAGACGUGAGUUUUCAUGUAAGAAAAAAGUAGACUGCCGAGUUAGAUUGAUAAAAGAUUUCCAGUUAAUAAAAACAAUCAAAAAUUGA